AUGAAAAGCUUUAGUCCAGAAGAAGUUGCCCAACAUAACAGUGCGUCCGACUGUUGGGUGAUUGUGAAUGGAAUGGUGUUCGAUGUCACAAAGUUUCUCAAUGAGCAUCCCGGAGGAAAGAAAGUUCUGCUGAAGAUGGCUGGCAAGGACGCCUCAAAACAAUUCAAGUCCUUCCACAAUGAUGCGAUUAUGCAGCGUGUCGGUCUUCCUAUGCAGAUUGGUGUUGUUGGCACUGUUGCUACUGCUACCACUGUUUCUAAUCUUGUGUCUGCACCACAAGCUAAAUUUGGGGAGGGUCUUCCUUACAGUGAUCCUACCUGGUACCAAGACUGGAACAGCCCUUUUUAUAAUGAAUCCCACAUUCGUUUGAGAAAGGACGUUCGUGCAUUUGUUGAUAAGGAAGUCACUCCUUUCUGCCACGAGUGGAGUGAAGCCAAGUCCAUUCCCCGAUCUAUUAUCAAGCGUGCUGCCGAACUAGGUCUCCUGAAUGCUGGUUCUGGUGCGGCCACAAACCCUGCUGCCAAGGGACUCAUGCCUUAUCCUCUGCCAUCUGGUGUUUCAGCCGAAGAAUUUGACAUCUUCCAUGAGUUUAUCUGUGUUGAUGAAGUUGCCCGCUGUGGAUCUGGUGGAUUCCUUUGGGCUCUUAUGGGUGGUCUUAGUAUCGGUCUUCCUCCUGUGAUCAACUUUGGAUCCAAGGAAAUGAAGGAAAGAGUUGUGCCAGGCUGUCUUUCGGGAGACAAGAUUAUUUCGCUGGCCAUUACUGAGCCUUCUGGUGGAUCUGACGUUGCCAACCUUCAGACGACCGCAAAGGACAUGGGCGACCAUUUCUUGGUCAAUGGUGAAAAGAAGUGGAUCACACAGGGUGCCUAUGCCGACUAUUACACUGUUGCCUGUCGCACGGGUGGCCCAGGUAUGGCUGGCGUGUCUUUGUUGUUGAUCGAGCGUACAAUGCCAGGUGUUGAAGCACGUGCAAUGGAUGCCCAGGGUAUGUGGGGUUCAGGAACCUCUUACAUUACUUUUGAAGACGUCAAGGUACCAAAGACCAACAUUAUUGGUAAAUUGAACUAUGGAUUCAAGUACAUUAUGCACAACUUCAACCAUGAGCGUAUUGGUAUUGUUAUGCAAGCCAAUAGAUUUUCUCGUGUUUGUAUUGAAGAAGCCUUCAAGUAUUCCCUAAAGAGAAAGACUUUUGGCCAAACCUUGGUUGAACAUGCCGUGAUCCGUAACAAGUUUGGCCACAUGAUUCGCCAGGUUGAGGCCACCCACGCAUGGCUCGAGAGUGUUCUUUAUCAGAUCAAGACCUUGCCAGUCAAGGAACAACCCGAACUUUUGGCUGGUCCAAUUGCUUUACUCAAGGCACAAUCCACACAAACAUUCGAGUUCUGUGCUCGUGAGGCUGCACAGAUCUUUGGUGGACUUGCCUACACCAGAGGUGGUCAGGGUGAAAAGGUUGAACGUCUUUAUAGAGAAGUCAGAGCCUAUGCUAUUCCUGGUGGAUCUGAAGAAAUCAUGUUGGAUCUUGGAGUCAGACAGGCCAUGAAGCAGGCCGCAGCCAUUGCAAAAUCCAAGCUUUAA